UUGGAUUUCGAGAUGACCGAUAAUGCGGGCCAUAAUCUAAACGUCAUAAAUCUAUAAAUAGAUGCAGAAAUUUCAAAAUAUUCGUGAGGAUAGCCUACAUACCUAUAUAGGGGUGGUUGAUUUCAAAAUACGGGUGCAAAAGGUUUAAACAUGGCGUCAGAGAUUUCGGAGAUAAAGAGGAGCAGUAACUCGGUCGAACGUGAUGGAGACCUAGGGACCUGUGGCUAUAUCCUCUGGGGUCUGUCAGCGUUCAUACUGGUCAUCACUUUCCCAUUCUCCCUCUGUUAUGCCAUUAGGGUGGUACAGGAAUAUGAGAGGGCUAUCCUGUUUCGUUUAGGGAGAGUUGUUCCGGGGGGACCCAAAGGGCCAGGAUUGUUUUUUAUUUGGCCAUUUAUUGAUACCAUGCAGAAAGUUGAUUUGAGAACAGUUUCAUUUGAUGUUCCACCGCAAGAGAUUCUGACCAAGGACUCGGUGACGGUUGCCGUGGAUGCUGUCGUGUAUUUCCGGAUUUUCGAUCCUGAAAUGUCCGUCUGUAACGUCCACGAUGCUCAAAGAUCCACCCAGCUGUUGGCAGCCACCACCCUGAGGAACGUCCUGGGAACCAAGGCUAUGACAGAGUUAUUGUCUGAGAGAGAAAGUAUUUCACACGAGAUGCAGCAUAUUUUGGAUGAAUCUACGGAUCCUUGGGGGAUGAAGGUGGAAAGAGUCGAAGUGAAAGACGUGAGGUUACCCGUCCAGCUACAGAGAGCUAUGGCGGCAGAGGCAGAAGCUAUGAGAGAGGCCAGAGCUAAGGUUGUUGCAGCCGAAGGAGAGCAGAAGGCGUCACGUGCCCUGAAGGAAGCUGCUGACGUCAUCACAGAGUCGCCUGCUGCCUUACAACUACGGUACCUCCAAACUCUCCAGACGGUCUCAGCAGAGAAAAACUCCACCAUUCUAUUUCCAUUACCCAUAGAUAUGAUUUCAUCAUUUAUGAAAAAAUGAACAUGCUCAAUACUGACUUGAGAUCUCCCAGUUAGCAACUAAAUCAAAUUAAUCGUGCAAUAUUUCAUGUAACCAGAAAUACUCAUUUUUUACCUCAUUUUAAAAAUAUCUAAUAUUAUUAUAUAUUAAUCAGACAAAAUUAUUAUGUUAUAUUUGUAAAGUUUUAAAUGCAUGUAUAGGAAAAUAAUACUCAUAAUUAAGGUGAUAUAAUAACAGUAAUGUUUUCAAAAGAAAAUGUUUAUUUAUGUAUUCAUUGUUGUCAUUGCUCAUGAAUGUCAUUGCUCAUGAAAACAUCAACAUUAGAUAACAAUAAACUUGUAAUGUCCAAAA